AUGGACGCGCGGGGCCCGGUUCCGAGUAUCAUGGAGGAGUUCCAGAGAGUGGAUUAUAGCAAAUGGCAGAAGACAGAAGCAGAGGAGAGGAAAUCUCCAGCCCGCAGGUUGACUUUGCCAUCGCUCGCCAGCGACGACAAGAAAGGGGAGAAGGACAAGCCAGUUGCAUUUAUGCUGAGUAAAAACCCACCCUCGCCUUCGGAGCCAUCAUCAUCCCCAGAGAAAGACAGAAGUUUUACUCAAAGGAAAUUAGCGCUCAAGAAGGCUGAAUUAGCCAAAACCUUGGAAGAGAUCAGAAUUACCACGAAUCUGACCAAUCUGAAGAAAAACGCCAUCGAGGAGCUGAAGCAGCGUGGUGCCCGCCUGGCAGAGACCAACCGCCGGCUGGUUAAGGACAUCCAGCACACCGAUGACAGCACUGCCAAGCGAGCAAGGGUCUUGCUGCAGCAGUAUGAAGCAUUUCAGAGGGUGAGGGCAAUGGUGCAGACCUUCAGUCGGAACCGGCUGGAUACAGCAAGGGCAGAGCUCCAGGAGAUGGAAAAAACAAUGGAAAAGAAUCUGGGAAAGCUACAGCAGCAGCUGGAUGAAGUCACAGCAAAGGUACAGGUUCUCCAGGAUGAGCUCGGCGUCCUGCAGCCCUACAUCGACGGGCAGUAUCCGGAAGAAGCUGUCCAGAUAGUCCUUCUGCAGCGCAGCAUCCAGAACCUGAAGGAGCAGCAGCAGGAGGAGAUAGACAAGGCAGAAGAAAUGGGGAAGGCCCUCUUGGAGGAAUUGGAAGCGAAGGCACAGGCGGAACAAGAGGCACUAUUACAGAAAGUUGUAGAGGAGGUGUUGCUGCAGCAGGACGGCCUGAAGCAGAUGGUGAUAAACAAUCACGUUCUGCGACGUGAAAUACUGAGGCAAAGGGAGGUGAGCGAGCUGGGGAAGAGCCAGCGCAGUGCAGCAGAGCCAGGCACCUCAGCCCUUCCCCUUUGUGAGGAUCUUGUCUGCCUUAGUGGGAUUAUUAAGGACCUGGAAGAGGAGGUUGGUGAGCUGAAGAGAAGCAUCCAGACACUCCGCCAGAGUGCAAGGGACCCAAGAGAGCUGAUCUUUGCUGAUGUUCUCCUCCGCAGACCAAAGUGCACGCCGGAUACCGAGGUGGUCCUCAGCAUCCCUGCCGAGGGGACGCCGCCCGUCGGAUGCUCGGCCAGGCUCCGCUCGCAGGCCCCUCGCCCAGCGCGGGGCUCGGCUGGGAUGAGGUGCUGA